AUGGCUUCAAAGGUAGCUCCAAAGGCUGCAACGGGGCCGCUGAACCCAAAAACAGCGCACCGCGAGUUCUUUGGGUUUCCAGGAUCAGUCGUCAUAAUAGCGACAACAACAAUUGUCCUCUACACUUGGAACUUUUCCUGCAAUGUAAAGGACGGCUGCGAGCUGCCGCUCACCGCCGAACGCUGGGCCCACAUUUUCGCUGGCGCGAUGAACUACCAAGACUACUUGAGCCUUGAGGCAUUCAAGUACUACGUGAUGUGGUGGACCUGGCUGGCCGCCCUGUACUUUAUAAUCCCGGCGACCAACAUCCAGGGCGUGGUUCUGCGCGACGGCCAACGGCUGUCCUACCCUAUGAACGGGUUUUCCAGCCUCCUGGUAACCACCCUUGUCACCCUGGCGGUGUACAUGAAGGUCGGGACCGAGCCGUUCCUGUGGAUCGCCGACCAUUUCUUCGAGCUUGCCGUUGCUAGCUGGAUCUUUGCCACCUCCCUGGCGCUGUUUGUAUACAUCUAUUCGUUCCGUCACUCACAUGUCGAGCGCCCCGGGAAGCCGACCGUAAUGCUGGGUCUGGCCGGUAACUCGGGAAACCCUGUGUACGACUUCUUUAUCGGGCGCGAACUUAACCCACGCAUCGGCUCCCUUGACAUCAAGGUGUUCUGCGAGCUGCGGCCUGGAAUCAUGGGCUGGAUCUUGCUUAAUGUCUGCUUUGCGAUUAAACAAUACAAGGACCAGGGAUCAGUGUCGGUGUCCAUGUGGCUGGCCAUUGUGCCGCAGCUCUGGUACUGUAUUGAAACGCUGAUAUUCGAGGAUAAGGUGCUUACGACCAUGGACGUCACCACAGAUGGGUUCGGCUGGAUGCUGUCCUUUGGCGAUCUGACAUGGGUGCCAUUCAUGUACACUGUGCAGGCUCGCUACUUGUCGUUCACCCCUGUCACGCUGAGCACACCCUACGCUGCCUCUUUGGCCGUCAUGGCCACGUGCUCUUACUUGGUGUUCCGCCUGAGCAACAGCGAGAAGAACGCCUUCCGCACAAACCCCAAUGAUCCAAAGGUCCAGCAUCUUAAGUACAUUACGACAGAGUCCGGCAGCCGCCUGCUGAUCAGCGGGUGGUGGGGCGCCGCGCGCCACAUCAACUACACUGGCGACUGGAUGCUUGGCCUGGCCCAGUGUUUGGCUACUGGCAUGAACACGCCGAUGACAUACUUCUUUUCGGGUUACUUCCUGGUACUGCUUGUGCACCGCAACUACCGCGACGAGCACAAGUGCCGCGAGAAGUACAAGAAAGACUGGGACAAGUACUGCGAGAUUGUGCCGUACAUGUUUAUCCCCUAUGUGAUCUGA